CUGAGUUGUUGUUAUAAAGGUUGGUUUCUCAUUUUAAUGCAAGAAAAUAAGCUUUUUAUAAAGUACUAGUGUUUUCUUAGUCAGUCAUUUUGUUAAUUAUUUGUUACCAAUUAAUUAAAUCUUUUGAUACCUCUUUUUAUCACUCUCUUUUUGUUUUCCUUUUUCAUUUUAUAAUAAAAUGAAUUUUGAUCAUGAUUCAGAUCCAAAGUACCAUCAAAAUGUCGACUUAAAUAGAAGAAACUCCUUCAAUUCCUAUUAUCGUACAGAUUUCGAUAAUAAUUCAAUAUCCGAUCUAGAUAGACGUUCAAGCAACUCUUUGAAUCACCCCCAAAAAGCCCCAAGUAUAAUAUCAAUUACAAACAACGUUUCAACAGUUGGAAAUUCUCGAAGUGAAAGUGACGAUAAUCGUGAUACUCGUAACAAUCGCGAUAAUCGUUCAAUAGAUACCACUAGUACUGCUUCAACCCUAUAUCGUCAGGUUUCAUAUGAGCUACACCAAGUCACUUCAAAACAGCCAUUGGCUAUAACAGAGGGUCAUAAAUUAGUUCAUACCUUAAAAUAUUACGAUUUGGCAUCUGUAACCUUUUCGGGAUCAAUUGGUAGUGGUAUUAUGAUUACAAGUGCAACCGCUUUGAGAAAUGGUGGACCAGGUUCAAUGCUUAUUUGUUUUUUAAUUAUGACCUUUUGUUGCUACACUGUUUUAUGCGCCUUGUGCGAAAUGGCAACCUAUAUCCCUCUUCCUGAUGCCUUCAGUGGUUAUGGUACAAGAUAUGUAGACCCUGCUUUUGGUUUUGCAACUGGUUAUGCUUAUUUUUUCAAGUAUUUAGUUUUAGCUCCUUCUCAAAUGAGUGCUGCUUCUGCUGCCAUUCAAUACUGGGUUCAUAGGGAUACUAUCAAUCCUGCUGUUUGGAUCUCCAUCUUAUUGGUCCUUGAUGUUUCUUCCAACUAUUUGGGUGUCAAUCAUUAUGCCACUGUUAUGAGGGCGUUUUCCAUCAUCAAAGUGGUUAUUUUAUUUGGAAUGAUUAUCUUUUCUUUCACUUUAGCAAUGGGUGGUGGCCCAAAUCAUGAUAGAACAGGCUUUAGAUAUUGGAGAGACCCUGGGGCUUUUGCUUCUUAUAAAACUCUUUCUGGUGAUUCUGGAAGGUUUGCAGGAUUUUUGGCUACUUUACUACCAUGUAUCUACACUCUUAUCGGUUUGGAAGUUUAUGGUAUUGCCUUGGGUGAAACAGCUUCUCCAAUGAGAAGAAAUAUCCACAAAGCUCAUAAACUCAUUUUCUCAAUUAUUCCCCCAUUUUAUUGCACUUUAGCCUUAUUGCUCGGUAUGAUAAUUUCUCACGAUGAUCCCAAUCUUAUCAAAUCUCUUACAACCUCAAGUAAUAAUGCUGCUUCUUCAGCCUUUGUCAUUGCUAUUAAAAAUGCAGGAAUUCCUAUUCUACCUCACAUAAUGAACGCUUGCAUCUUAAUCUUUGUCUUUUCGGCUUCAAACACUGAACUUUAUAUAGCUAUUCGUGCUUUAUAUGGUUUAUCAGUUUCUGGUAUGGCUCCCACUAUUUUCUCAAAGACUAAUCAAAGAGGUGUUCCAAUCUAUUCCCUAGCAUUUUGCAGUACUUUUGCUCUUCUUGGUUAUAUGAAUGCUGGUACCUCAUCCAAAAUCAUUUUUGGCUAUUUUGUCAAUGUUGUCACUGUUUUCGGUCUAACCACUUGGAUAAGUAUCCUAAUAUCUCAUUUAAAAUUCACAAAUGCAGUAAAAGCACAAGGGAUUGAAAGAGAAAGCGAAAUGUAUUUUGUUGCUCCUUUUGCCCCAUAUGCUUCCUAUGUCACUCUUACUAUUGUCAUUAUAUUAAUUCUCAUCAAAAACUAUACAGUUUUCCUUGACUAUGCCAAGUAUAAAACUUUUGACUAUAAAACCUUCAUAUCGGGCUAUAUUGGCAUCCCAAUUUUCUUUGGGUUAUAUUUUUGUUAUAAGUUUUACCAUAAAACUGAAAUCAUACGUUCCGAAGAGGUUGAUUUGUUUUUUUAUAAAGACGUUAUUGAUGCAGAAGAGGAAGCUUACUUUAGAAAACAAAAAUCCGAAGAGUAAACUUUUUUGUUUGUGCUAUAUCUUUUGCAUCUUUUUAUCAAGUUCAACUUUCAACUUAUAUGUACAUCAGUUCUUUUUAACCACAAGCAAUCUUGUUUUUUGUUUAUUCAUAAAUUUAUUUCUUAUUGUCGUUGCAUUAUACGUUGUUUUUUGUUAUUUCUAUUUCUGAUUGAAGUGUGUUUUUUUUGAACCUUUACAUAAGUUCAAUUCAAACUAUUUUGUUAAUACCAAAACCAUUUUUCUGUUAAACUUUGAAGUUUUGUUUUUAGAUAUUGGUAUUUCUCACAAAAUCCCAGAAUU